AUGAGCAACCUGAGAGAUUUAGUUGAAAUACAAUAUGAGUAUCCUGUCGAAGGAGUAAGUAGGUUUAUGGUUGAUAAUGAACCACAGAUCAGACUACAGUUGCAGAACGAGAUAGAGGUACAGAUCAUUCCCUCAGUAAGAUUUAUUAAUAUUGCCAAUAAGCAAAUGGUACGCGCAGAAAGCCGGUGGGACCGGGAUGAACAAAUAGAUAUUUGGGAGACGCUUUCGUUUAAUGAACUAUUCGUUCUCCGGCCGUACGAGCCUGAUCCUGAGCCUGAAGAUUGGAAUUGUAAGUUUAAUAAAAUCUUAUUUAUAAAAAUUUAA